AUGUGUGGGGUCCAUUUUGAUUGCUACGACUAUCCGGAAGGAAGUCAUCUCUCAGAAUAUACACUGUCAGAAGGCGCCAAUCUUCAGAAGGUAGCUGUAUACCGGUUCUGCAAUCUGGUAUCCACCAAACCUGAAGGCGUAUCGGGUGAAGUCUCAGUGGAAGGCCACCUAUUCGGCCUGGUGAAUAUCUUUACAUUGUGCCUUUGUUUUAUGUGCCGAAAGCCUCUGUGGGGCUUGAGCGCGCAGGGCCUCAAAUGCGCCAGAUGCAACCUCUUUGCACACUGUUCUUGCAUACGAAGACACGCGGAUGUUGCAAUUCCACAUUGUCAAUCUAUGACGAUGGACGCCACCCAUGUCAGCCUUGGCUGGAUGGACCUACGGGAUUCUUUCAAGGACCAUUACCAGCAGGUCCUGACGCUGUUAAACAAUAGGGCUCGCUUGACGUACGAGGAGUUGUCUAUCCUUCACUCGACGUUCUGGACGCAGCUGCAGAUCAUGAAUAAUGGACUGAUCCUGGGAUCUGUUGUUGUCAAGCGUCGAAACGGCACCGCAAUAAUUGCAAGUAUGAAGGAGAACGAGCUCGACGAAUUUGAGAUCCAUACGGCCGCUAGAUCAGUAGAGUCCUUGCUUUCCUCAAAUACUCCCACUCCUUCUCCUGCUCUACAAGAGUAUUUUCUAAGCAACCGCAUCAGCUCUGCCGAACAUUCAAUAUUCUACGAUUGGCCAACGUUAACAUACAUUACUUCUGUCCUGAAAGCUUCCGACGACACCUGGCCAUCUCCUACGGCCUCGUUCGGCCUCCUCAGCGUUGCGGGGCCUGAGGCAGAGAACGAACUCAAGACAUCAUUUCAGACCACAUCAAUGGGACGUAUUCGAGACGCAUUGGGCCGUGGCUUAUCCGUAUACUCCGAUGACGUUGCCCGUAUCUUCCUCUGUCAUAUGUACGAAUCGGGCCUCUUCGAACGGGCUGACCGAACAGAGCAUCUGUUCAACAAUGGCGAAGAUCCUGCUCUCAUUGAAUGUUCUUUCGCGCUACCUUUCGGUCUAGAUGAGUCGGCCGAUGUGGAGCACAUUGUGGCCUCGGUCGAAUCAUGUUUGUGUGACCUCGACCUGUCUGUCAAUGAAGCUGGAUUUCUUCUUCUAGUGAGGAGGCUUUGGCCGAACGAGAUGACUUCUGAUUACGCUCGAGUGAGGCUCUGCGGUAGUAUCAUUACAUGGAUACUUGCUGAAGAUGAGAACCUAGCCAGUAUUCUUCGCGACUACGUGGCACGAGGUCGUCCUCUUCCGGGCGUUCGCUCGAGACUGGAGGGGCGAUCAUGGCCUUCACCUCACGAUCCGCGACACACUCCUCAAUCGUCUACGAAUAAUGGAGGAGAUUACGUCGCCUGCCGAAGAGCUUUGCUGCAUCAAUAUGCAACGGGAUGGUUACUUGCCUUGCACAACUUAGACAUGAACGCAUACGCCUGUGUUAUUUACGAUAUUUGCGCCGAAUUUGCUCAUGACAACUCUCCGGAAGAUAUCAUGACCCAAGACCGUGCUGCGACCGACAGGGGUGGUGAAUUGGCACAUCACGACGACUGUCUGAGAUUAAUAAUAAAGCUUGCACAAGCCUCCGUGACCUUUGCCAUUCCAGAGGAUCUCAUACUUCUGUGGCUCCAGCACGUACCCGCUGAAUGUCGGCCCACGAAGCCACUUCCGACGAUACUACGGCUCUUCAACCGUGAAGGUGAUGGAACACACCGCUACAGCUCUGUCGCUGAUCCGUCAGUCCUCGCUAAUUCAGCUCUGACUGGACUGGACCCGUGGAGUAUUGUCAUGGGUGUGGCCAAGCAGAAAGAUCAGUUCCGACAGAGUCUGCACUGGCUAUCCUUCCUUGCUGCUGCCGGAGUAGACGUACCAGUACACGUAUACUCUCAGUUCUCCUCGUUCGUGUCACAGUACACUGCUUCACUCGAGGAUUCCGUCACGCUAGCCCAAGCCGCCCUGGAAUCAACAUGGCUGAAGUCACUCGGUCAUCAGCGUCUUCAGGGCAUGAUAGUCGAUCUUCACUCCCUCCUCGCCAAAGGCCUAAUUCAGCGCAUGCGAACAUGUACAAGCAUGCCUCUCGUAUGUUCAUUCAUCCGUUAUUCUCUUUCAGUCUGCCUGUUAUUAUUUGGAUGCGAAAGGAAGAGCCUGCUUUCUUGUGGUCUGGUUAAAGACGAAGAAGUACGCCACCUUCCUUCCAGGAGAAAGCUGAAUGCACGGGCGUCUGCCAUGGUUGACCCUAUAAUCGUUGACGCCAGAUUGAUCAACUGCCUUCGAGGAUACGUUGAAUGUGCGGUGGAAGAAGUUUCUAUUAUCAUAGCGAAGUUUCUGGACAUGCUCGUUAAGGAGGCAGCGUUGUUAGAGUCCUACGAAGUUGACAACUUCAUUUUAAAGAACGAGGAGGCUCUUUGUCUAUGUGCCUGGAAAUUCUAUGAGCUGCAAAGCCACGACAUUGCGAAUGCUCGUACGAGUUUUCUCCUUCGAGUUCUCGUGGUCGACACGCAACCUUUCCGGGCAAUCUUGCAGCACGUUUUUGAGGAAUCGGGUAAUUGGGAAUCACGGUUUCAGGCUGUUGCAUGCCUUUUCCGGAUGAUACUGGAUGUGACCAGUCCGUCCUUCAUGGUAGAAGAUCGUCAGUUCAGAUCUUCGUUCAUUGAUGUAUUCCACUAUUACUUCCGUGCUUUGUGGGCGGAUGAAAAAGAGGAGAUCCGGUUGACCGUCGAUACAUGGUCGAAGACAUUGCUACCCGUCCAUUUCGAUGCUAUCGCUACGUGCUGGAAUGAGGCCUUGCCGAAAAUUCCCGUUGGACAACGAGUGGAAUUGAUCGCCUUCCUGGUCCAGUUACGCCCUCAUUUUCCGGAAUGGCAAGUACUGUCAUGGGACGUGAUAGUGGAGAUGAUACUCGAAGAUGACUACCUGCAAAAGAAUGGCAACAAUGAAGAUGGCCCGGCGUCGGCUCAUUUAUCCAUGUAUGGCCUGUCUUCAAGGGACUCUACUUUCAUCAACGCCGAUACCGAUCCCGACAUGUCCCUCGUUCGUGUUGCAAUAGUAAUUCUGAGUCUGCAAAUGAUAGCGAACGGUAUCGCUGUCGAUAUCGCUGCGCUGCUACGAAUCAAGACCCAGCUCCUGAAGAUCCUGGGUUUCGCCGACGUCUCCCUAAUUCCUGCACUUAGCGGCCAUGCAUUUCAUGUGCGCUUCGGAGAUUUCAUAGAGAUCCCCGAGAGUGCCUUGCCGUGCAUUUCCGAACUACCUGCCCUCUUUGAUGCGUUCCACCCUUUCGACCUUGCGCCUUCUGCCAUGGGUGGUCCUUACUCGCACGAGGAAACACCAGCAAACCUGCUAGUUGGAUCAGCGUUCGUCGACGUACUGCUCGCUCUUGUGGUUAAGCAGGACUUUAGCAAUAUGCCAGUUGGCACUGCUAGACACCUUAUGGAGGCUCUCUUGAUUGUCAUAUACAAACAUGACUUCGACAGCAGACCACUCAGACAUCUGAUGCCGGAUUUGCGGCACGCUGUAAGACACGUUAUGGAUGUCCUGCUAAUGGACGUUGCGUACGAGCUCCGGCGUUUAUCGGUCUCCAUAUGCAACGCCUACAUCAAAUGCUGGGGUGUGACUUCCACUCAUAUCCUCGUGGAUUCGAUAGAGAUCGCUGCGAAGGCCAUCGAGCUGCUCAACCACAAUGGAGAAGAUGCCCUGGUUAUCCAGAUUCGAUCGUUCAUUGAAACAACUCUGACAAUGCGCGCUCGAGGGGGGAUAUUUAACGCACUAUGCAAGCAACCUCUGGACACAAAUUUCCUCCGCGUACUGCGUGACAUAACAGACGCCAACGCGAAGACAGUGCGGAACGAAGAGACCCUACGAGAAGUACUGCUCUUCGACACCCUGGGUCGAGCCCAUGAGAACGAUCGCCGUCAUCUUCAAGUGGUUGUCAAUAACCUCAACCGAUAUGUUGAAAUUGUUCACCACGAAGACUGCACCUCUGAGCUCAUGUAUCAGGUGGGCCAGUUUCUGGGAAACAUCACUCGCCGUUUGGCAGAAGCACCAGACGCAUACGACCCAAGCCCUAUGUUCCUCCUUGCAGCGACCCUGAUUGAACAUAACAGAGCUAGAAGUCAUGUGAGUCUCCUGACGAGGCUUGCCUCCCGUCUGGGCGACGCAAAUGGCAUCAUUGGAUCCAUACUUGGCACUUUGUCCGACGGUUUGAGGGGCAGGGGUCGCGUAACACCUCAGACGUUGACAAGUAUCCUAGAGAUUCUGUCGCUGGCAGAUGCCUUUGACGGUCGAUCUGGAAGGAGCUUGUUCUCUGACUACAUCAUGGGUAUAGCGGAGGAUGCUCUGCAUUAUCUCUCGUCUUCUCCGGCGUCGACAGUAUACUCGGACGCCGGGUUCGCGUGUGCUCGAGCGGCAGCUCGCAUGAUAAUGGAGACGACGGAGGACAAUGCGGAGCCUUUCUUGAAACAAGUUACAGCCCCCUCUGAUAAAACGGGGCGCCAGCCUCUUAGCAUCCGCUCGUGGAAUGUCCUGCUAGUGACGGCGCUGUGCACCGACCUGAAGGCGUCCUCCCGUCUACUACUAGACAAUUUCCCCACUUUUCUGGUGAUGUAUCACAGGUGCCUCAAAUCCUACCAUAUUGCGGAACCUGGGACAAUAGGUUUGACUGGAGCGGACGUGAACUACGCAUACAUCUCCAUCAAAUUGUGGCUGCUGCUCGCUCAUAGGGUGUCCUCUAUUAGGGAGGAAACUGGGGCAGCGUCGAGCAACAAGGAGGAUGCCACAUCGCGGAUGCUGUGGAACGACCUUUGGCCGCCCUUCGAACAUCUGUUGGCGGCAUUUGAAGAAGAUGCACAGCUUGGCAGCAUACCGGCUACCGGCGCACUGAUCUUGUCAUCUAUUGCGGAUCUCUUCAUGUUCCUCCACCAAUCUCGGUCGGUGGUGAUGCUGGACACCGCGCUUAACGUCGAAGUGUUAACGCGAGCGCGGGCGUUGGCGAAGAAUGAGACUUUGGCAAACAAACUCUCUCGCGUUCUGCGCACUAUGUCGGAACCUGCGGAAGAUAUCUCGACAGAAGCCCUGGUUAAGCAAGUCGUGGCUGAUCUGGUCGCUACGGAAAAGCUACAGGCUUUAGAGGUGAGGAGGCGGGAUGCUGGGAAAGCCGCAUAUGAGAAGAAGCCGGAGCGAAGGUAG